AUGGCCUUUGAAGCCUUGCUGGCUGAGCUCCAAAUAGAAGCCAGCUGCCCCCUCUGCCUGGAUUACCUCACAAAUCCAGUGACUCUAGACUGUGGGCACAAUUUCUGUGGUUCUUGCAUCCAAGAACGCUGGGAAGACCUAGAAGAUAUCUUCCCCUGUCCGAUCUGCCUCCACCACAGCUCUGACAAGAACUUCAAGAAGAACACUCAAUUGUGUCACAUCACUGAUGUCAUUAAGCAGCUUCCCGCCAGAAUAAGUAAGUGUAAACUUCAGGAAGAACUUCUAUGUGAGAUGCACAAUGAGGUGGUGGACCAGUUCUGCGAGAAAGACCUGGAGCUUCUGUGUCCACAGUGCAGUGUCUCAUCUGGCCACAAGGAUCACCUAUUGAUCCCUAUUGAGAAAGCAAUAGUUAGUCAAAGAGAGAAUCUGAAAGACCUUAUGAAGGUUUUGAAGCUGAAGAUUGAAGAUGCUGAAAUGAGUUGUGAAAGCCAAAUCUUAAAAUCAUUUGAACUAAAAAUGAAAAUGGAAGCUUUCAAAAAAGAGCUGGAACCUGAAUUUGAAGAACUUAAAGUGUUCUUGAGAAAGAAACAAGUUUCAAUCAUUGCCAAUUUGCACUUGGAAGAGAAAAAUGUGGGGAAAAAACUGAAAAGAGACAUAAUCCAAAUUUCAAAACAUAUAUCUACCAUUAAAAAUCUGUUAAGGGAAAUAACAAUGAAGUCUUUGCAGACUGAUAUGGAUUUACUAAGAAGCAUUGCGGAUGUUCAUGACAGAUAUGAAAUGCUCUCAACCCCAGGAAUCUAUUCUUAUAAAUUAAAGAAAGAGAGCUCCACCCUCCCUCCACAUUAUUUUGGUCUGCACAGGAUGAUCAGCACAUUCCAGACAGAGUUAACAAUAGAUCCUGAAAGUGGCCAUCCAUGUCUUAUUGUCUCUGAAGACAAGAAAAGUGUGAUGCUUGGAAAAAACUCACCAACCUUUCCUGAAAAUCCACCAGCAUGUAUUACUUUCCCAGCUAUUCUCAGUUAUGAAAGCUUAGAUGCUGGCAGGCAUUUUUGGCAGGUGGAAGUUAGAGGGACUGGCGAAUGGUCCUUAGGAUUGUGUACAGAGUCCAUAUUCAAAAAUCGCCUGAUGUCCCCAAACCAAAAAACUUGCUUCUGGACAUCCCAGGAGUCCAAAAGGAUCUCUAAUACCUGGGACACUGCAGAGGAAGAAGAAGCUUCAAGAUUUGGUGUUUUUGUAGAUUUUGAGUUGGGAGAAUUUUCAGUUUAUGAUUUGAAUAAUAGGACAUGUUUGUAUAAAUAUGCUGAUCAAUUCACAGAUAAAAUGAUGCCAUAUUUUGCUAUUGGACCAUCUUCAGAACGAUUUUCCAUUACUUUGAUCACAGAGGAAUAA